ACUUCGGGUCAGGAAGUGUGUCUGGAGGAGUCGGCGCUGCGAUGCGGAGGCGAGGAGCUUCCGUGCCGAAGGUUCCCUCCGAGAUGUAGAGAUGGAGGCAGAAGACCCUGGGUUACCCCCUAAGGGAGGGAUGGACCUCCCGCAGGAUGGGGUGGAUCUACCUGAGCAGAAGAUUAGCCCGGGUUCUAUGGACACAGGAGAAGAUGAGCCCAGUGUUGCCUUGGAUGAGCAAGUGGAGUUACCUGGGGCCCAGAAUAAUGGACCCUUGAGCGUGGCAGGUGGCAAAGGGGACGUGCAGGAGGAAUUAACUGAAACCCGGGAGGAAUCUAGUGAGAAGGACUUGUCGGAUUCGGCCUCCACGGACAACACUUUGGAGGACUCCAGCGAGUUCAGCCGGCCCAUGGUGAUGGAUGGCGGUCCCCCGGGGGAGGAGGAGGUGGCGGUCCAACCGCGCCCCCCCACGCACCGGGAUGAGGACGUGACAGCUGAGAGUUGGCGAGCGCACAGGAAGCACAUCUUUGUCUUGAGUGAAGCUGGCAAGCCCAUUUAUUCCCGUUACGGCAAUGAGGAAGCCCUCAGUUCAACCAUGGGUGUCAUGAUGGCAUUGGUGUCGUUCAUCCAGAGCGGGGAUAACUCCAUCCGGUCCAUCUAUUCGGACGACCGCAAGCUGGUCUUUGUGCAGCAGGGCCCGCUGGUGCUGGUGUCGGUGUCGAGCACCCUGCAGUCGGAGCAGCAGCUGCGGCAAGAACUGCUGUACGUCUACUACCAGAUCAUCAGCAUGCUCACCCAAGCCAGCAUCACUCGCAUCUUCGAGCGGAAGAAGAACUACGACCUCCGGCGCCUGCUGACCGGCUCGGAAAAGAUCCUCGACCGCCUCUUGAACCUGGUGGAGUCGGACCCUUGCUUCCUGCUCGGGGCCGUGCGCUGCCUGCCCCUCCAGCCCGCUCUGCGCGAUUCCCUGGGUUCUCUGCUCCAGAAGGCGAUCACUCCCAAUUUGGUCUUCUCCAUUCUAGUGGCCCGCAGUCAGCUGGUCACCACCGUGCAGGAGAAGACGGUCAUCGACGAUUGCCGGCUGGAGCCCACGGACUUGCACCUGUUGCUGAACCUCAUCGGGGCGACCUCUGCCUUCCAAACGGGGGAGAUCUGGACGCCUAUCUGCUUGCCGCGCUUCAACCCGGACUGUUACUUUUACGCGUACAUUUCCUACUUGGAUGCGGACUGCACCGUCUGUCUCAUUCUCCUCUCCACCGACAAGGAGUCGUUCUACUCGGUUUCGGACUGCAAGAAGCGCAUCGAGGAGGGCAUGAGGACUCAGAGCUACCUGCAGGCGCUCUCGAGCGGCCUGAAGAGCCCGUCCUACAGCGUGGCGAUGGUCGGCGCCCCGGACCUCCGGCACUUUAUGUACAAGCCUUUGGAUAUCCCCGAUAAUUACCGGCAGCUCCCCCAGUUCACCAGUCCAGAACUGGAGGGGCCGUAUUGCAGUGAGAGUGAACGACACCGGCUCUUCGACCUCUAUCACUACCUUCACAGCCGCAUCCACAGUACCGCGCGCCCGCUGCGCCUCAUCUACCACGUGGCUGAAAAGGAGACUCUCUUGGCUUGGGUCACCAGUAAGUUUGAACUAUAUACCUGCUUCAGUCCCUUGGUGACCAAGGCUGGUGCCAUCAACGUCCUGACGAAGCUGUUACGCUGGAUAAAGAAAGAGGAAGACCGGCUCUUCAUCCGCUACCCACCCAAGUACUCCACCACUCCCAACCCGGGCAAAGGAAGCAAGGGCCCCCGAACGGAAGGCGCAGAGAAUGGUUUUUUCGGAGGCCUCUAGGCUUAGGACUUUCAUUGUCUCGAACUGUGUUCCUGCGUACUCUUCCUUAAAGAAAACUCUUGAUGGAAGAACUUCUUGGUUGGGGUGGCAGUGUUGGUGGUUGUCCUUCACAAGUUGAGAGUGAUCUGCCAUUGUGAGGGGAGAGCUAGCUUUCCAGGCCAAGCGGCUCCUUCAGCAAAGUUUGAUCUGCUUUAUGAUUAUUAUUAUUAUUAUUAUUUUAAAUAAGGGUCUUAACUGUCGUACCUAUAAGGAGGCAUUGACCUAGACCCUCAGGUAGAUUCUGGAGCUGGCUAAGCAAGCUGUGGUUCUUGUGGAUGUGGAAGUGGCCUGUGAUUGGCAGGUGUGGGAUAUCAAUAUGGACUCUGUUUAAGUAUGGUUUACACUGAUGCCUGUUUCAGACUCCAGCAGGUUAGCAUUUUCAGGUAAUGAAUACUUGCAUCCUUGACAUAAUCGAGGGGCGGUGCGUUUUUCUUCUCACAUUCCUCCUCGUCAACCGUUUUUACCUUUGGCGCUGAAAUUGGAGGAAAGAAGUCUUACUCGCUUCAUUUAGCUGUUCAGAAACUCUAAACAAAGGGGCCCCCCGAUAGGGAUACCUCAUAGAGGAGCAACAGAGGUGAUAUGGAAUAACUUGCCUGAGAAUACUUGACCCUUAAUAAGCAUGCAAUAGUCCAUUCUGAUUGAGGGUUUCUAAAACCUGCUGCUUCCAGGGGAGGCAAGGGGUGGUGGUGUCACUCUAGUAGCUGUUGUGGGGUUUGUUUUGGUUUUUUUGAAGAGAGUGUAGCUUUCAAGCAACAACUGUGACCUUGGGAUACUUUGGUACUGUCAAACGGUUCUUGGUAAACAUGUGAUAUUAGUCCACAGUGUGUUUGAGGGUGGCUUCCAAAAUGACUGCUCAUUGGUCACACUAGUAGCUGUUGCAGUUGUAUCAAAAGUGCUGCUUUUGAGCAACACGUGGUCUACCUAGAAUGGCUGAGUAUAUACUUCAAGGGAGCUGACCAGGAUUUAUGUCAUCUUCAGAGCAAAGUAAGCGAAGAGGCCCAGUUCCAAAGAAUCCAGCAUCCCAGGACUUAUCAGUAUUGUCGACUGACUCCUGACCUCCCUUCUCUUUGGACUUAACAAUUUCCUUUUGAAUUAGGGAAGCUGCUUCAGUCCUUGGUUUUGAAACCACGAGAGGUUCAACGCGUGUGAAGGGUAUUCUGCAGCCUGCAAAAUCUGGCACUCGGCUACUGUCUUUGAACACAAGAUGGCUCCGUUUGUAUUUAUGGAACCAUGGUGGAGUUUUUGACAAAUGUUUAAAUGUUGUCUGUCGGAACCGAACUGGCUUUGAAAAGACCGCCUUGCUGUUAUCUUUCCCUUCUCCUCUUCUCCUCCUUCCCAAUCCUUUCUUGUUUGUUUUUAAAAUGAAGUCCCCCCUUCAGCAGAAACAGGUGCUUAGAGAAAUUGAGAAGGAAGUCCUUGUUUUUCACUAGCCCACUGCUCCUUUGAGCACUGGUAUUUUUGUUGGGGUGCCCCCAUUCUUUUUCAGCAAAGCAGCUACAUGUCUCUUUGUGGGCCUGCAGCUAAGAAAGUGCAUAAGGGCUCAGAUCAAGUUGUCUCCUUGGUAAAUAACUCCCCUCCAUUCUUGUUAACGCCAGAUUUUCUCCGGUUGGAUUAUCCGUUGAGACAGCUGCUCUUCUCAGAGGAUGACUGGGGGGGAAAAAUUACAAUUGAUUAAUAGUUGCAUCUUUUCCCUUGCUGGUUAAAUACUGCUGUGCCAUGCAAAUCUGCACCCUGUAUCAAUCUGCCGCUGUCUCCCACCCCCAAGGUCUGUUCCCAGUCCUUCCUGUUUCGGAAAAGAUCUUUCUCUCUUUUUGGCCACAAGGUAGUGGGAGAGAGUCCCUGUUCUCCACCAGCAAGGCUUUUCUGCCUCUAUGUGUGCUUGGUCCCAUUGUUGUGUGUGUGUGUAUGGGGGGUGGGGGAGAGAGCUCAAUUUAACCUGGAAUGCUUAUGUAAGUGUACUGAUUUCCCAUUGCCAGUUUUGAUGGCGGGAGGCACUUGAUGCUGAGCACGAACUGGAUAGUUCCCCUCCUUGCCAAGGCCGCGGCAAUUUGGAAGAACGAGGCUACUUUUGCAGGAUUUAUCUGUCGCUACCGGAUUCCUCCUGGCGCUUGCUGCUUUCUCAGCUUGCUUCCGGCUGGCGUUUCUUCCGCCCUGGUGAAGAGAACAGCAGUGAUUUCCAUACAUCACAUGGCUAACUGACAAACAAAGGUUUAUAUUUCUGGCUGAACUGUUGUACUGAGAACUGGAACAUCCUAUUAAACACACACAAACACAAGCCCUUUCAAAAUCGGUC